AUGGCUCGUCCUAUCUUUAGCAUUUUAGUAGCUUUUUUGCUUAUUAUCAAGUUCCAUGAUUUUGCUGGAGCAGAAAUUGGUGUGACCUUCUCAAGACUAGCAGACAACUUUCCACCAGCACAAGUAGCUCCCCAUCACGAUGCUUUACAAGCAUUGAAAGGUCAGGGCAUACAAGUGAUCUUAGGAGUUGGCGACGACGAAGUUGAAGCAGUAAGUAAAUCCGCUGCACCGAAAUGGGUCAAAGACAAUGUUGUGCCAUAUGCAAAUCAAAUAACCAUUAUAGCCAUAGCUAUUGGACAUGAUCUAAUCCCUAAUAGUAAAUUAGCAGUUUACGUUCUUCCUGCACUGCAAGCAAUGAAAGAAGCACUGGAAGAUCAUGGGCUUACUCUUAUUUCUGUAACAACGCCAUUUACAUUAAAUACACUUCUUACACAUUUUCCUCCAUCCCAUUCAACUUUUGAUCCGCAAAAGAUUUAUCUUAUUAAACCCAUUAUCAAUUUCUUGGCAACUCACAGUCCUCUUCUUUUAUGUGAUAUUUACCCUUAUGAAGCUUAUCUAAUGGACUCUCACCUUGUUAGUUUAGAUUAUGCUUUGCUUAAUAAGACAAAUGUUGAGGUUCUAGAUGGUCCAUUCGAAUAUACCAAUAUGCUUGAUGGUUUAGUAGAUGCUUUUUACAGUGCAAUUGAAAAACUUGAAGCAGGAACUGUUAAGAUUGUUGUGAGUGAAACUGGGUGGCCGUUUUCUGAAAAAAUAUAUGCUUCUGCUCAAUAUGCAAGAGCGUAUGCUUCAAAUGUGUUCAAACGGGGACAAGCAAAUACAGGAACACCGAAGAAACCUUUUUGGGCAUUGGACGUUUUUGAAUAUAACUUGUUUUUUCAAAAUGAUGCUCCUCUAGAUAAGAAACCAUAUGCUUUAUUUUACCCUAAUAUGUCUGCCAUGUAUUAG